CAUGAUGGGAAGCUGGAGAUGGUCACCUGACUGAUGAUGGAUGGUUGCCAAAGGUCAUCGACUGCACGUUUUACGAACCAGUUUAGUUUAGUUUAGUGGCGUCUGUCAUCCAGCUACGCAAGCAGGGAUAAGUUUAGCUUUAUAUUUGAAUAUUCUGUGGAGUCCCCUUAACCAGUCAUGUCCGAGGAAGUUACUGCGAAACUUAUUGACGGAAAGAAAACAGCAGGAGAUUUACGAAAUGAACUGAAAGAACAGAUUGCGAAAAUUCGAGAGUCUGUAUCAUCAUUCAAACCUGGAUUAGCAAUUGUGCAGGUUGGUGACCGAGAUGAUUCCAAUGUAUACGUCAGGAAUAAAAUCAAGUCUGCAGAGGAGAUUGGAAUGAAAGCUGAACACUUCAAACUGCCAAAGUCAACAAAUCAAGCCCAGUUAUUAGCACAAAUUGACAAAAUCAAUCGUGAUAGCGAAUUCCAUGGUAUGAUAGUUCAGUUACCGCUGGAGUCUGACAAUAAAAUUGAUGUUGAUACCAUUACGAAUGCCGUGUCACCAUUGAAAGAUGUGGAUGGAUUAAACGAACAGAAUGCUGGCAAACUAGCACGAGGCGAAAUAAAGCGAUGUUUCAUACCAUGCACCCCUAGAGGGUGCCUGGAAUUAAUAAAGAGAGCUGGUGUUGAUGUGGAUGGUAAGAAUGCCGUCGUGAUUGGACGUAGUAAGAUUGUUGGUGCUCCUAUGUCUGAUCUUUUGCUCUGGAACCAUGCCACUGUGACCACAUGUCAUAGUCACACUCAUGACCUUCCUGGAGUGGCUUCAAAAGCUGAUAUUUUGAUUGUCGCUGCUGGUAAACCAUUGAUGGUUAAGAAAGACUGGGUAAAACCUGGAGCUGUUGUUAUUGAUUGCGGUAUUGGAUUUGUUGAAGAUUCCACACGAAAAAGUGGAAGACGUAUGGUUGGUGAUGUUGAUUUCCCUGAAGUUAAAACUGUGGCAUCUCACAUCACACCGGUACCCGGUGGCGUUGGCCCGAUGACUGUUGCUAUGCUGUUACAGAACACGUUUGACAGUGCCAAAAGAGUACUGGAAAGACACCAGAAUGUGCAAUGGAACAUACGAUAUCUGCCACUGGAACUUCAGGAUCCUGUACCAUCUGACAUUGCGGUAUCCAGGUCCCAGAUGCCAAAACAUGUGCAAGAACUAGCCAAGGAGCUGAACUUACUGCCUGAAGAGAUUGAUUUUUAUGGGAAAACCAAAGCCAAGAUAUCCUUGUCAGUGUUGGAUAGACUGAAAGGCCAACCAAAUGGAAAGUAUGUCGUAGUUACCGGCAUUACACCAACCCCGCUAGGCGAGGGUAAAAGCACCACAACUAUUGGGUUGACACAAGCAUUAGGAGCUGAAUUGCACCGUAAUGUCUUUGCAUGUGUACGUCAGCCAUCGCAAGGACCCACGUUUGGUAUUAAAGGUGGAGCUGCAGGAGGUGGAUACUCGCAAGUUAUUCCAAUGGAAGAGUUCAAUCUACAUCUAACUGGUGACAUACACGCUGUAACGGCCGCUAAUAAUCUAUUAGCAGCCGCCAUUGAUGCAAGAAUGUUCCACGAAUCUACCCAGUCUGAUAAAGCGCUGUAUGGAAGACUGGUACCAUCAAAGAAAGGAAAGCGAGAAUUCUCGAAUAUUCAGUUUAAACGAUUGAAGAAACUAGGAAUAGAUAAGACCGAUCCCAAUGAGCUCACGGAAGAGGAAAUCAACAAAUUUGCCAGAUUAGAUAUUGACACAUCCACCAUUACUUGGCAGCGAGUUAUGGAUACAAAUGAUCGGUUUUUGAGAAAGAUUACUAUCGGACAGUCACCCACCGAAAAAGGCAAGACUCGUGAAACCCAGUUUGACAUAACAGUCGCCAGUGAAAUCAUGGCCGUACUGGCAUUAACCACGGAUCUGAAAGACAUGCGCGAAAGACUUGGUAAGAUGGUUAUUGCCAGUGACAAUAAAGGCAAUCCUGUGACUGCUGAUGAUAUUGGAGUUGGGGGUGCCCUCACUGUACUCAUGAAGGAUGCUAUCAAACCAAAUCUUAUGCAGACACUGGAGGGUAAUCCUGUAUUUGUUCAUGCGGGACCGUUUGCAAACAUCGCCCACGGCAACUCAUCAAUCCUAGCAGAUAGGAUAGCACUGCAAUUGGUUGGAGAGGAAGGCUUCGUAGUGACUGAAGCCGGAUUUGGCGCCGAUAUUGGUAUGGAAAAAUUCUUUAACAUCAAAUGCCGUUAUUCUGGCCUGGUUCCAAAUGCUGUGGUAUUAGUAGCCACAGUCAGAGCUCUCAAGAUGCAUGGUGGUGGUCCAGUGGUGACAGCUGGUCAACCUCUAGCCAGGGAGUACACAGAGGAGAAUCUGGAAUUGAUUGAGAAAGGAUUUAGUAACUUGAGGAAACAAAUUGAGAAUGCUACGUAUUUUGGUGUGCCGGUUGUUGUAGCGGUAAAUGGAUUCGCUACAGACACACUACCAGAACUAGAAUUAGUCCAGCGUUUGAGUAAAGAACACGGCGCCUUUGAUGCGGUGAUAUCGACUCAUUGGGCGGAAGGUGGUAAAGGUGCAAAGAACUUGGCUGAAGCGGUCAUUAAAGCUUGUGAACAGCCAUCUAACUUUCAAUUCCUUUAUGAACUCAAGUUACCAAUUGCUGAAAAGAUCGCCAUCAUUGCUAAGAAGAUCUACGGCGCCGAUGGUAUUGAAUUAUUGGAAGAAGCACAGAAGAAAGUUGAUCUGUAUACUGCACAAGGUUUCAGUGAUCUGCCCAUAUGCAUGGCAAAGACCCAUCUCUCACUGACACAUCAACCUGACAGAAAAGGCGCACCUACUGGAUUCAUUCUUCCAAUCAGAGAUGUGCGUGCUAGCGUGGGUGCUGGAUUUCUCUUUCCCCUUGUUGGAACAAUGAGCACUAUGCCUGGAUUACCCACAAGACCCUGCUUCUUCGACAUCGACCUUGACCCUGAGACAGAGCAAGUGGAAGGACUUUUCUAAAUGGUGCCGAUAAUGUCGAAUUUUGAAAUAACUGCAUAUAUCAAUGGGACUGCUUCACAUUCCACUUUGGUAGUUAAGAGAAAUGGACAACAUUUUAGAUGUUUGAGUUUAUUAUAGUUGAUUAAUUUGGAAAUGGAUGUGAUCAAAUCAUGAUACAAACAUGUGUAAAUGUUGAAAAUGAAACAUAUAAAUUUAACCUACCAUGAAAGGUUUUUGUUAUCAAUUCAUUAGUUCACUAAAGCAGUUCCUUGUUAUAUAGGGAAUUGAUAUUACUCAGUUUAUUCUGUAGAAGGUGACUGUACUUUACAAGUACACAUGUAGAAUUUUGAGCAUAUUUUUUUUUUUGUCUGACAAAAAGGGUCACUGCGUUUAAGACCAAAACUUUUCAUGGCUGACGUCAACUGAAAUCCUGGGUAGGUGCAAUGCAAGAAAUGUAUACAUUAUUUCGGGAUAUAUUCCUAAAUGACAAUGCCAAUAAAACAAACAUUCUGCCAAAUAUAAA